CGGCCGUGCGCAGGCGCAGCACGGCUUGAGCCUCGGCCGCGCAGGCGCAGUGGCGAGAGGAUGGCAGAGGUGGUGCGUUUUGCAGUUCCCACUGAGAAUGACAAGACCUUGCUGGUGUGGGAGCUGAGCUGGGGACUCACGGCCGAGGACUUGCAUCGCUCUCUUUUUGCAGCGUUCUCCCAGUUCGGCCUUCUGUAUUCGGUCCGGGUCUUCCCCAAUGCCGCCGUGGCUGGGCCUGGCUUCUAUGCCAUCGUCAAGUUUUAUUCCUCGAGGGACGCCCGCCGAGCGCAAGCCGCGUGUGACCAGAAGCAGCUCUUCCAGGAUGCUCCCGUGAAGGUUCGUCUUGGCACCAGACACAAGGCAGUUCCACAUCAGAUGCUUGCCCUCAAUAGCUCCCGAUGCCAAGAACUGGCAAAUUACUACUUUGGUUUCAAUGGUUGGUCCAAAAGGAUCAUCAAGCUUCAGGAGCUUUCUGACCUUGAAGAAAGGGAAAAUGAAGAUACAGCAGGCCAACAUGCAAAACAAAGCUUGAAGUUCUUCUGUGCUUUGGAAGUGGUGUUGCCCGCGUAUGAGUGCAGGAGUCUUGGAGCUGGUGUGGCAGAGGAAGCCCUGGACACACUGCAAGAGGAGGGCUCUCUGUUGGUGCUUAUGAAGAGGAAGACAGCCCAGAACCUGGCCAUCCAGAAGGCUUUGUUGGAUGCUUUCCAGAAACUGUCAAUUGUGGUUUUAGAAAGUGGUAAAAUAGCUGUGGAGUACAGACCCAGUGAAGAGCUCAUAGAUACCGGAAGUGAAGAAGAAUUACAGAAUUUAAUUCAAGUAUGCGAAGAUGAAAGUUCAAGGGUUACAUAGCCCUGUCUGCUACAGCCCCCGCCUGCACUGCCCAAGGCACC